AUGGAGACCAACGCGCUUAUCGAUCUCGUCCACCAGGUGCAGGGCGAGCUUUGGGUUGAUAAAGUGAACGAAACGUACAGAACAGGCCGUCUCUGCCAAUGGGUGUCAACUUUCCAUCCUAACAAGCUUCCGUGUCAACUUGACGGUACCUUUCACCAUGGCGCAUUCAAUGCUGGAAUGAAGAUGGUCUUCAGUGACAGCACUGCUUGGAUGGUCCGUUUCCCUCGUGCAGGGAUGGUCUGCGACAACUGCGCCGAUGAGAAGGUUGCCAUGGAGGUGACGGCCCUGAACCUGAUCCAUGACAGGACUACCAUUCCUGUCCCAAAGGUACAGGCCUGGGGUUCCGCUGCCACCAACCCACUGGGUCUAGGUCCGUUUAUCAUGAUGGAUUUCAUUGACGGUGUGAGCCUUAGCGACAUUCUUCGGGACCCGAACGCCGAGCGUCCUAGCAGAGUUGUGCGGGAGGACAUCAGCAAUAGUGAUAUUGAAUAUAUCUACCGGCAGUUGGCGAACUUUUUGCUUCAGCUUUUCAUGCUUGAUUUUGACCAGAUCGGCAGCCUGCCCUCGCCACAGACUGAAGCACAAGGUCCUACACCCCCACGGCCGCUCACAUUCAAGGCGCACAGCAUCCUCCAAAACGGGGGAAUUGACAUUUUUGGUGACCGAGCCAAGGGGUUUGCGACGACGACGGAGUAUUUUCAAUAUGUUGCUAAGCAGGAUUGGGAGCAGCUCGUUCAUCAGCCGAACUCGACGGUUGGUUCAUAUGAUGCUCAAAACAAAUACAUGGCGUUCAAGGUCCUAGAAGGCCUGGUACCUGAUUUCGUCCACCCGAAAUAUAACCACGGCAAGUUCAAGCUGAUUUGCGAUGAUCUUGGCCUGGCGAACCUGAUUGUCCGCGGCAGGGAAGACCUGACGGUUAUUGGAGUAGUGGAUCUCGAGUGGUCAUACAUCGGUCCUACCCAACUGUUUGGCUCAGCACCGUGGUGGCUUUUACAAGACCGGCCUGUUAACAGCGCGUGGGACUGCAAGGAUGAUGAGCUGCCCACGAUUGCCUCCCGGUACUCCAAAUGCCUAGAGACAUUCAUACGUGUCUUAGAGGAGGAAGAGGCAAGAAUACCAGAGCAUCAAGAAAAAGAGCUCUCCAGUCUUGUCAAAUGGUCGCAAGCGUCCGGGGCCAUGUGGCUGCACAUGCUCCUCUUAUCUGGCUUCAACGACCACCGCAGCUUUCCUUUUACGCAGCUGCGCCGACACUUGGGAGCUACUGAGUGGGCGAGGCGUGAGAAGGAAUUUGACAACGCAGCAGAGCUGGGAGCAUUUGCGGCGCGAAAAGUAAGCGAUCUGGAUAACUAUGACAAGGCCUUGGAGGAGCUGGAGGAUAAAAAAGCGCUCUUGGAUAGUGGGAAAAUAACAAAAGAGGAAUUUGUUGCCAAUGCUCUAAUAGACUCAGGCUUAGUCCCUGCUCCUUGA